GUUUUUAUUUCCUGUUUUUAGGGUUCAGAACUUUUUCAUUCUUUCUCUCCUCUGUCCUUUGUUGUUCCUUCUUAACUUCUUGUCUUCUAUAAAGAAGUUCAUUAUGUCUGGGAGAAACUCUCCAUCUCGACCUCCAAGACGUGCUGAUAAGAGACCGAUGAGAACUCCGAGUACUAGUCGUUCUUCCGACAUGUUUGAUGCCGCUUUCUUGGAGAUGGUGAAGACUAAGUAUCGUUUUUAGAGAUUUCAAGUCACUUUUGCCAGUGCGGAGGGUCAGGCAGGCGUCUUGAAAAAAAACUCUUCGAGGAUAACCCUUGCGUCCCAACGAGAUCAUCGUGGCGGCGGGUCAGCUCUAUACUGGGCUUCGCCUUCCUCUGUAUUUCCCACUAGAUUCCUUUCAGUACGAGGUACUUUGUAUGCUUAGUCCCCAGCGAGGUAUAUUUCAACCCAAUGGUAACUUUUAUAGGAUCGCACGAGAAUGUUCUCGGCGAAGUCAAAGCAAAGUUACUGAGCACGAGAUGAACGAGUUCGUUCCUUCUCAGAAGGAUUUGUAUACACCUGCGACCUUCCUGGAGAACUAUUGGUGUCAACAGUCCGAUAUGUUUGACGGCUUUGGAGUUGGGAUUUCUAGAUCUCAGCGUCCUCUCCGAGGUCCCCCUCCCAUGACCGAUUUGGAUCCUCCCUAUCAUAGAAAUUUUACACUUCACAAGACUCAUGAGCCCAAGUGGUUUUUAGUUCCUCUCCGCAUUGUGGGGCCUUACAUUUUUGGCUGGGAUGAGACUGGCGAUGUUCUUCUUGGGAUUCCCGAGAUGCAUAAUCAUCUUCCACCUUACAAUCCAUGGGAUCUUAAAUGGGUCCCUCCUCGAAGGCGUUCAUCACAAACUUCUCGAGCUAUUGAGGAUUCUAAGAGGAGGAGGGUUGCUGAUGGUUCUGGGCCAUCUAAUGCUCCUUUGGAGGUUGAAGAACAUGCUAUGGAAGUUGAUAUUGGUGCAUUGUUUGAUGUAGGUGCUCGGGUUGGGGGUGGUGUUGGUGAUAUUGUUCAUGUGGUUUCAAGUGGUGGUGGUGUUGGUACUGGCGUACCAAGUACUUUUGCUGGUGGCUUUCCGUCUGCUCCAGCGGCUCCUUCUAGUUCGUCUUCCACUGUUUUUGGUGGAGGAUCAGAGGCGAGGAAAAUGCUAUGCUCGGAUCAGUAUGCUCGGCUGAGUGAGGACGAGCAGGCUCGUAUCUUAACUUCUUUGCCGAAGUCCGCUCAGCAUCAGCUUGUGCAUGAGAGCAACAAUCUGAGGCUUGGUAUGCUGUCUGAGACUCGUGUUUCCAGGAAGAGAGCCAAAGCUGUAGAGCACGAGAACCAUAAUUUGCGUCUCAUCGUGGAAAUGGCUAAGCAGGAGGCCUUGUCCUUUCUCCAGGAUAAGAAAGAGUUGGAAGAGGCCCUUACGCGUAAUGCAUAGUUGGAGAGGCAGUUGAAAGAAGUGAAGGAAGCAAGGAAAAGUAUUGAUGAAGAUCUCAAUGAAUUGGUGAGUAACCAUGAGGAAGAGAUGGAGUCUGAACGUGCUGAUAAGAAUAAGAACAUGAACAAUCUUCAUGCUGAGUACAAGGUUAUGAUGACAAAUGCAUGCAAGGCUGCCAUCCUUCGUGAGUGCCAAAGAGUUGCUGCGGUUGCUGCUUCCAAUAUUGUGAUUCCGCCUCCGCCUGUUGAGACUGAGUCCGAGCUAGUUUAUCCUGAUACUGCCGAGGGCGACGAUCAUAUGGACACUGAUCAAGGUGUUCCUGGUGAUGGGAAGGCUUAAGUUCUUCAGUUCUCUUGCCCGUAUAGGCCUUGCUUUUUUAAGAACUUCUUAUUUUCUUCUCUUUGUGUUUACACCCUUUGCUGUUUUUGAGGUGAUGUUUAGAAAAACAUUGUUUGGUACGUCAUCGUGCUACUUGCGAGGUAAUGUUUUAAUUGGAUUGAUUAGUCAGUAUGCUAACCAAGUUCUCUUAUGUGUUGGAGGCAUUAUUUUUCUACUCAUAUUUUGAUAAGUCCUCAUAUGUGUGGGAGGAAAUGGUACUUUCUUUUGAAACCGUUGUUUAUAUGGAUGAUAGUUUC